CGAUAGGUCGGGUACGCCCAAGCCAGGCCAGGCCAGGUGACUCACGCCAUUGUCGCCAUCCAUCAUGAUGAUGAACAAGCAAGCCCAACCUGGGAAGCAAGCAACCUCCAGCAGCAUCCGGCCGAUCAGGCGCAGGUCCCUCCCCCCUCCCCCCUCCCGAGUCGGACCAGAUGACUCCCCCCGGCCGCCAAUCACCAUCAACGCCCCCAGCGCCCGUGCGAGGCACUCGAUAUAAGUCGUUUGCGGCCCUGUCUACCGCAUCUAUGCUCCCGCUUCUAGACGUCUCUUGCACCUUCCACCAGCAGCAGCUGCCUCUCACCACCUUUGCUUUGCGCUCUUGCAGCAAGGGUUUGGAAUGUUCCAGUGCGACUUCUUGACAUAGACCAUCACGACACACGUCCUACGCCUUUUUCUCGACAUCGUUCAGCCACCUCCGCCCUAACAUCGACUUCCCCGGUCAACGCAACGCCGACAUCGACAUCGGUAUCGGCAUAGUUGACACGUUGUCGUUCAAACCCCCGUCCAUCACCGAACCAUCGCAGAUCCGACCACCUAUAAAUCAUCCCCCCACAGCGUCUCCGAACAUGGAUGCAUCAGGUGCCGACGCCAUCGGCGCCGCGCUUCCUGCGACGGUGACCCAGAACCGCCAUCUCCCGCGGCGACAGGGACAGGGGCGCAUCUUCCGCCGCUCCUACAACCAAACUAUCCGCGGCAACGCGAAGCGUCUCGCCGAGGCCAAUGACCCGCAUCUCAUCUACGAGACUCUUGGUGUUCCCGCUGUGUUCGAGCAAGGGCCUCUGCCCGCCGCCCGCAGUAACAAGGGCGCUCUGCGAGUUCAUUUCGAAAGCGAAUUAAAAGAGCACUACAGCUAUUCGCGGCCACCUCCCCGCCAGCGCUGUCGGAACAACCCCACCAACCGCGGCCGUCUAUGUGGCCAAGACGAGGACGAGGGCCGGGAUCUUGCUAGGAGCGAGGUCCCGCUGCCCUCGGAUCGCUUUCGCCUCGUCAGGCGACCCACGCUCGAGCGAGAGGAGGCCUUUCGCGAUGCAAGUACCGCCAAGGGCAAGGUCCGUCUGCGACGAGACCCCGCCGCCCGCGACGUAGACGACCAACAGGUCGCCGAGCUGUAUAGCAUGGGUCUCCUCUAUGAUGAUGGUGACCGCCGCUCCGUCGGCGAGGAUACCGUCUUCAACCUCAACAGCAUCCAGCACGAGCAGCCCGUCUACUCCAUCCGCCCCGCAAAGCGCGCCCGCAGGGGCAACAAGGCCGGCUUCAACCUCCACCUGGAUCUGUCCUUCUCCGACCUCGGCGAUGACACCGCCAUCGCCCAAUUCUUCCCCUCCAACGACGACAACAACUGCCACUUGGAGACAUCCGGCGACGAGGACAUUCAACAUUCACCUCGACACGCGUAUCCGCCCCUCCGGGUCGUGUACGAGCUCACCGACUCCGGGCAACCCCCUUCUUUCGACGUCGACACGUCGCAGCCCCCUGACUUGGUCACCGACACUCUUUCCGACUACGACUGCUUCUCUGAGAGCGAUCUCGACGACACGCUCUCUCAGCACGAGAUGCGCCUGAGCGCCGUGGACGGCCAUAGCCGCCCCAACGCGUCUUCGGACGAGACGUGGGUCGUGCUGGGUGACGACUCGUAGCAGGUCCGCAAAGGGAAUCCCCCCGUGCCCCGCCGGGAUUUCGAGAAGACGCAAUGCCAAUGCGCAACGGACUGGUCCUCAAAAGCCCAGUGUACCUCUAUUUGUACUAGAUGUUGUACAUCUCGGUUUCGAACGCGGUGGGAUAGACGAAUGGCCAGGCUGCGCGCAGCCCUCCUUCUUUGGUACAUGGUCUUGUCGCACUCGAGCGAACUGCAGACGCUUCGAGUUGACGCGAGGCCGGUUGUGGUCCUGCGCCAUGUGUAUACUAGCAGGACGUGUGGGAUGGCGGCAUGUAUGCUGGCGGGCGUCGAGCGCUCCUUUGUUUUGAACUCUUUAUCUUUGCCGUUACCGGUAACUGGCGUUUUUGUCACGAGAAUUAGAAAUUAUACCUAAAGCAACGACCG